AUGACAGGUACACACUCCAUCAUCACUCCCGCUAUUAUGUACUGGGGAACCCCAGUUGCCCUCAUCACUACCUCCAACGACGACGGCACUGCCAACAUUGGCCCCGUAUCCUCAGUCUGGUGGCUCGGCCAUCGCUGCCUCCUAGGCCUAGCCUCAGGAUCCCAAACCACAAUCAACCUCUUCCGCACAAAAUACUGCGUCAUCAACCUUCCCAGCAACGACAUGGCGCACUACAUCAACCCAAUCGCCAAAACCACCGGCACACCUACCGUCCCUCCCGGCAAGAAAAACCGUGGCUACACGCACUGCAAAGACAAGUUCACCGCUUCAGGUCUUACACAGCAAGCUUCUGAUCUUGUGCCACCGCCAAGAAUUUCUGAGUGUCCUGUACAGAUGGAAGCGGAGGUUACGAAUAGUAUGGAUUUGAUGCAGGAUGUUCCGGAUCGGAAGGGGCUUUUGGUUGCUGUUGAGGUUAAGAUUCUGAGAACGCAUGUUCGGAAUGAUUUGAGGAUGGAGGGGUAUGAGAAUAGGAUUGACCCUGAUCGAUGGAGGCCGUUGAUCAUGAGUUUUCAGGAGUUCUACGGCCUUAUGCCUGCGAAAGUCGCGGAGUCGAGUCUUGGUACUAUUGAUGAGGAGAAGUAUCGCUUCAUUACUAGAUCGGAUGUGGUCAAGCAAGGAGGAGAUAUGGAUGCGUUGGACUGUGAGGCUGGCGCUGGACGGUGAUGCCAAGAUACCCCUCAUUAGC